UUACAGAUACAAAAUGUUGAAGUACAGCUGUGUAUUGCUGUUCUCUUUAUUCUUAAUAUGUGGUUUCGAACUCAUAUUAAAGCCAGAGACGCCUGCAUUUGUCAAGAAAGGUCAAACUCUUGAGUUAACAUGCCAGUCUAAUGUACCAGUAGGAAUUUAUUACUUCUACAUGAUUGACGUCAAAGGAAGAAUGAUAUCAUUAGGUGCUGGCGGAGGGGCUUUCAGAUCAUGUCAUUCAUUUAUAAAUCAAACAAGAUUUGAAUGUGAUUUCGAGGAAAUUUGGACAUUCAAAUUAACUUUGCUAAACCCCAUACAUAACCAGACAAUUGAAUGCAGCGGAACUUACAACCGAACGUUGAGCAUCAAUACUACAAUCUUUGUACAAGUUCCUGUUUCAACACUGACAUUAUCAACACCUCAAACUGCAGUCAGGGCAUCAAGAUCCAUCAACAUUACUUGUAGAACAAAUGACCCUGUUAGACCCGCAGCAAACAUCACUUGGUAUAAAGAAAAAGCUGAAAUCUUCACUCAGAUAACCACUUCGAUACAGCAUGACGCUAACGAUCUGUAUAGAACUGUCUCAGUCCUACAGUAUACGGGUGUUCCAGAGGACAACGGUCAACAGGUGUACUGUAGGGCCAGCAACAUCGAGGGAGAACAUGUAGAAUCCAAUAGGUACACUCUCAAUGUGAUGUAUAUUGCAGAGGUACAAAUAUUUCCGGUCAGUAGCUUGAACAUAGUAGCUGGGACAAAACAGGUUUGGCUAUAUUGUCAUGUUUCAAAUGCAAACCAGGAAAUAGUAUCCUAUAGGUGGACAAAGUCAAAUUCACUCGUAUCCACAGUAGUGUCUUCCACACUAAUGUAUGUCAUUGAAUCAGCUGUUGAAAAGGACACAGGAAACUACACAUGUACCGCUUAUAACUCCGCUGGAAAUUCAAGUGGAACAGUCGAGAUCUAUGUACAGUCAAGACCUAUGAAACCAAAAAUUAUACUAGUUGAUUGUGACGUCACUAGUGCCACGAUUUUAUGGACUGUAUCUACAUCUCUAAACUUUCGAUACACCCCACCAUUUCAACAGGAAACUCUUCAACUCAGCGAACAGAACGAAGGAUUUUUGAAUUGUAGUUAUGAAAAAAUUGAAACAAACCUGAGUUCUGUAUAUAUCUAUCGAGCACCUGAUCUUAACCCUUCUACAGAAUACAAAUUCAGAAUCGUGGCCUCCAAUGUACAUGGUUCUUCAGUCUCAGACAGUCGUGCAUGCUUCACAACCGGAAAACCUUUUGCAAGUGAAUCAAAAGAUUGUGAGAAGGGAUUCAUUAUUGGCGGGUCACUAGGUGGCGCUUUCUUUCUAAUUAUCCUUAGUGGAGGAUCUGCCUUCUUCAUAUACCUCAAGAUAAACCGAAAGAAACAACAAACAGCUGAACAGAAUGAUCAUUACGUACAUCAUAUUUGUUCAACGAAUGAACAUCCUUAUCAAGAUAUUUCCGAUCAGAAUAAAGGUGCAGUCAAAGUGAUUGAAAGAGCUGAGUAUAUGGAAUUAGAGGACAAUAUUUAUACAAACGAUGACGGACAAUGACCUUACAGUAA